AUGGGCAUGACGGACGUCUUCAUUGGCUUGGUUAUAUUGGUGAAGAUGGUGAUCGACAGACAGACGAUAGUGGCAUUUGAUUUGGGGUUAGAGACGUUCAUUGAGAUGCCUCUUCCGGAUGCUAUACUAGAAUACUAUGGGCCGUAUUCUUUAGGAGUUUUGGGAGGGAAUCUUUGCUUUGUGACAUGGGUGAGUGAUGGUGUAUGUGAGGUGUGGGUGAUGGAGGAGUAUGGGGUGGCUGAGUCAUGGGUCAAAUGCCAUGUCUUCUCACGGUUUAGUGAUAAUGCAUGUUUAUUUGGAUUCACAUCACGCAAUGAGCUUCUUAUUGAAGAUGAUGAUUGUCAUCUUGUUUUGUAUCAUCCAGUUGCAGACAAGGCUAAAAACUUGGAGAAAUAUUGUCCUGGAAGAUUUGGUGCAAAUAGAAUCGUGGAGUAUGUCGACAGUCUUGUUUGGGUAGCACCUAACGCGAGAUGA